AUGCUAUCAAGCUGCUCGAUACCAUUUCUAGCCGCCAUUACCCGCAUAUCACCCGCUAGCUGCAGCGUGCCUAUGCGGAAGCCAGCCAAACCUAACAAGGACAAAGACAGGAAGAAGACACAGCAAACUGUAGGAAUCACGCGAUACGUCCCGUACAUACCACCUUCACUCGUGAGUGAUACUGUGGGGGCACUGAAGGAUCGUGAAUCACUGGCAGCGGUUCUGGAUCUGGUCUGCAGUCCCGUGGCCCCAGCCGAAAGUAGUGAGGACAGAGCACUGUUCCAGAGAGUUGCAGAGGCUUACAGGUCAUAUCAGGAAGCACUAAACGAACGCUAUCUGGAGCGUGAACUAAAGAUACGGGACAACGUGCUAGAGGCCAUCCACAACCUUCCAGAACACCUGUACGACGAGGCUGUGCGCUCAGAGAGCGAGCACAUGCCCGAAGCUCUCACAUUCCAGCACGCAUUUCGUACUCAGCUGGUGGAAAGCGAACUUUCGGAUUUCGAAAUUGAUAAGCUAGACGCUUACAGGCUUCUUAUGUAUCUGAGGUUCCCCUACCUCGACGUUAAAGCGCGACAGCCAGGGCUCUUCUGGCUAGAGGAAAAGAAAGCCAUCUCACGUCAGAAACAGGCAUCGUUACUUGCUCGAAAGAAGAAGGUUAAGUAA